GGGAUAGGCAGAUGAAAACAGCAAGACAGAUGGAGCACUUGUAACUUUUGUGUGUGCAAUUCAUGUUGUUACUGUUGCUGUUUUACUAUGUGUGUGUCUUAUAUUACAACGAUGCUGAACAUCAGUGGCCAGAGAGAGGAGAGGGAGGAAAAGCCUGUUUACACAGACUGCAAACCGCCUGGGGAAUAAUGCAGGAAAGGAAGUGAGCCGGCUCUCUGUCUGACUGCUCCAACUUCCUGCUCACACACACACACAUACACACACACGGCAGUGAAAAAAAGAAAAGAAAGAAAAAAAUCAGGAUCUCAUUACAACAGAAACGCCUGCAGACGACUGUCAGCAUGGAAAACGAAGGGAUUUUACCAAUUUCAUCUUAGAAAAUAAAUAAGGCUAGGAGAAAGUUCCCAGAGUACAGCAGGAGUUUGGGUAUGGAGAGUGCAAUAACUCUGUGGCAGUUUCUGUUGCAAUUGCUCCUUGAUCAGAAACAUGAGCAUCUUAUCUGCUGGACAUCCAACGAUGGGGAAUUCAAGCUGCUUAAAGCAGAAGAGGUGGCCAAGCUAUGGGGACUGCGGAAGAAUAAAACGAACAUGAACUAUGACAAACUGAGCCGUGCCCUUAGAUAUUAUUAUGAUAAGAACAUUAUCAAGAAGGUUAUUGGGCAGAAGUUUGUCUACAAGUUUGUUUCCUUUCCGGAAAUCCUGAAAAUGGAUGCCCAUGCUGUGGAAGUGAGCAGGGAGAACCUAUUGCUGCAGGACAGUGAUUGCAAGAUCCCCAGUGAUCUCCAUGAGAGGCAUAAGCAAACCUUAUCAGCACUGAAAGGCACUAGCCGCAAUGAGUACAUCCAUUCAGGAUUGUAUUCUUCAUUUACCAUCAAUUCACUACAGCACCAGACAGAUAGCUAUAGGGUUAUCAAAAGUGAAAGGAUGCAAGAUGAAGAGGAACAACAGGAAGAGGAAGAUGAAGAGGAGGAAACGUCAGAAGUCAAGAGUCCUAUAGAGGAAGUGAGGACUGUUAUAAGGUUUGUUACUAACAAAAGGAACAAAGAAACUGUCCAGCCUGUCAUUUCACUGCCUUCUACGUCAGAAUCGGCAGCUGCUUCAGCCUUUAUAGCAUCAUCUUUGUCUGCUAAGGGGUCUCCCCGUAUUUCAUCAAAUGCAGCUAGUGUUUCGUCCUCACCACUCUCCUCGCGAUCCCCAUCUCUGUCCCCUAAUCUGUCAUUGACAACAGAACAAAGAAAUCUAUACCUAGAUUACCCUGACACCAUGGAACCGUUAAAUCUCUCAGCAGGGUCUAAAACAAAGUUGUCCUGUCUUCCGCCUAAGACUAAGAAGCCUAAAGGCCUGGAAAUCUGCUCUCCACCUCUUCUCCUCUCCAGUAAUGAUAUUGGGUCAAUUGCCCUCAACAGCCCAGCACUUCCUUCAGGAUCGCUGACUCCAGCCUUUUUCACUGCUCAGACACCCAAUGGAUUACUGUUAACCCCAAGUCCCCUACUGUCCAGCAUCCACUUCUGGAGCAGCCUCAGCCCUGUAGCUCCACUGAGUCCUGCCAGGCUGCAAGGACCAAACACAUUAUUCCAGUUUCCAAACCUGCUGAACAGUCACCUGUCCAUGCAGCUUCCAGGACUGGACAGAGCAUCAUCUCCAGUGCUACUAUCAUCAAAUUCACAAAAGUCCUGAUGGAGUCUCAGCACAAAAUGGAUUGUUGGUUAACUGUUGGAAUAAAUCCUAAAUUGUCCUACAGGCUGGCCCGAAGUUACCCGUGUCUGAAGCUCCAACCCGCAGAAUAUUCAUCCAGCAAUGUUUACCUUUACUUGCAUUCAAGAUUUCAAUAUGAUCUGCACCACGGUCGUAUUAUGUGUAUGUCUGUGUACUGGACAAAGGGCCUUAUUCAGAGUUGUUAGCAAACCAAAAAAGUUAGCAAAUGUGCAAAACCAUGCUGUGCUACAUGUGGGACAGAAUGUAACAUGUGCAGAGAGAUUUAGAUUUGGGUGGGGUGUGUUCAAACUGAAAUCUAAAUUGCAGUGAGGAAAUUAAGCAGCCAGUAUUUACCCUGCACAGAAACAAUAUAACAAACCCAAAUCUAACUCUCUGCACAUUAUAUCUGCCCCACCAGCAGAGUACAUGGUUUUGCUCAAUUGUAUGCUUUUUUUUUUUUGGUUGCUAACAAACCUGAAUAACCCCCAAUAGGUAUGUUUGUCAUCAGAUUAGAGCAGUGUUUUACAACCACUGUGCCGUGGCACACUAGUAAUGCCCUGAGCAGUCUCCAGGUGUGUCGCCAUAGAAGCAGAGCCAGGCCGGUCAAUGUUUUGCCGCUACAGAGGCCCUGGAACGAUCAAUACUGGUGGGUUUAGUGGUUGCAGAGCCAGUUCUAAAUUUGGGCCCGGGCAGUGUCGGGCUCUUCAGGGUUUCACAGAUGUGGCUCAUGCGUUACCUAUGGAGAAGCUGCAACAUGAAAUCCUAGGACAUGCAACUGCACCAUGCAUCAUCAUAUUUGAGUGUGCCUUGGCAAUAUUUAAAUCUUGUUCAGUGUGCCGCGAGUUGUAAAAGGCUGAAAAUCUCUGGGUUAGAGGGUUAAAGUGUAUUGUAAAUUGGGUUAUCGUAUUGAGUAUAGCGGUCAACAGGUCCUGCAUUUACUUAUCGUAUGUAGACUAGUUAGUUUGCUGAACAAUUACUGCCCAUCUGUCUUGUUGGACUAGUGUGCCAUACUGGUACAUCUCGGCUUCUACAUUAAUACUAUAUCAUUCUUUAGCAGGUGUUAAUGUGGUUUAUAUGUAUACUGUACAGUAUGUUAAACAGAACAUGCUUGGAAAAUUCCUGCUACUGACGAGGUGACUUAUUUAAGUUUAUUUGUUAUUAAGACCUCAACCUGGCACAAACACGUUUUUAUAAAAACUUGGGCAUCUACUAAGUUGUAGGUUGUGGUUUUAUUUGUGUCACCAUAAUCUGCUAAAAUGUUUCCUAGCAGUACACCAGACUUACCAUGUUGUAUUUCCAAAGUGUUGAGCACUGUUUAAUACUAUUUCCCAACUUAGACUUUAGUAUUUCAUUGGAAAAGGAUGUAAAGCCCCUUUGCCCAAAUUCUAUGUUAUGCACUUGAGCUUAUGUAAACUAUAACCGGCUGUGCCUUCUUUUGCAUAAUGUUUUGUACAUUUUUUUUUUAAAUAUUUUUUGCAUUAUGGGGAACCUUUAGGAAGAAAUACCUUGGAUAGAACUUCUAUGCCCGUUUCCCAAAAUAUGUACUCCAGCAAUUUCUAUAUUUAGUGCUUUUUAAGGAAUAUUGAAUUAUGGUCCUAUACAUGGUUUUCAUUUCUAGGGAAUAAAAUAAGAAAUAAAUGCAAUGAGAAACUAUCAUAUUGACUGUUUCCAAAAAUAUUUUUGGGAUUUUUGGCACAUUAAACAACUACUGCCAUGGAACAUUUAAUUUGAAACAAAGGGCAAAAUUAAAAAUAAGAACAUUAUAUCUGUCAAAUUCAGUAAUUAUAUAGAAAUGUAAAAAAUUACCAUGUGAAAUUGUAUCAAGAAUCUGGAUUUCUCUAGAACACAAUAAAAUAAACUUUUUUCUAUGUGUAAUGUCAAGUAACAAA